AUGGACAAAAAUCCUCACGGUGCUACGGGAGGGGACGACCAGGACGCGCCCUUCGAAGACCCGGAGGAUGCUGUGGGCUUUGGAGCUCGGAGGUUGCUGCAGAGGCUGCCAACGAAGACGUGCUGCACAGCAGGAAACCAGCGACCGGCGCAUGGAUUAAGACGAAGACCUGCACAAUAG